AUGGCGGCUAGGGACCGCUUCGGGGCCUACCCUGAGCCGGGGUUUACGCCGCUGCAGCGGGCAAUCCGAAAUGCAUGCGAUCCCCAGAACUACGAGCCCAACCUGGCCCUGAACCUCGAAGUUGCAGACCUAAUCAACUCCAAGAAAGGCAAUGCACCUCGAGAAUCCGCAUUCGACAUCGUUCAUCUUAUCAAUUCCCGAAACCAGAAUGUCGCGUUGUUAGCCUUGGCGCUACUCGACAUUUGCGUCAAAAACUGCGGAUACCCGUUCCAUCUCCAGAUCAGCACAAAGGAAUUCCUGAAUGAAUUGGUUCGCAGGUUCCCCGAGCGGCCGCCUAUGCGACCCUCCCGGGUCCAGCACCGCAUCUUGGAGUCGAUCGAGGAGUGGCGGCAGACUAUCUGCCAAACAUCGCGCUACAAGGAGGACUUGGGUUUCAUCCGGGACAUGCAUCGUCUUUUACUGUACAAGGGCUACAUGUUCCCGGAGGUACGCCGAGAGGAUGCUGCUGUCUUGAACCCGAGUGAUAAUCUCCGCUCGGCUGAUGAGAUGGAGGAGGAAGAGAAGGAGGCGCAAUCUGCAAAGCUCCAAGAGCUGAUUCGCAGGGGCACCCCUGCCGACCUUCAGGAAGCCAACCGGCUAAUGAAGGUUAUGGCUGGUUUCGACAAUCGGCACAAGACCGAUUAUCGGGCCAAGGCGGCGGAAGAAGUGUCCAAGGUGCAGCAAAAAGCUAAAAUUUUGGAGGAGAUGCUACAAAACCAACAGCCUGGGGAAGCUCUCCCUGAAGGCGACGUGUUCGAGGAGCUUGCGAACGCUUUGCAAAGUGCCCACCCCAAGAUCCAAAAGAUGUGCGAAGAGGAAUCGGAAGACCCCGAGGCCGUUCACAAGCUGCUGGAGAUCAACGACAGCAUACACCGCACAAUCGAGCGGUAUAAGCUGGUUAAGAAGGGUGAUUUGGAUGCUGCAGCUAGGAUUCCUAAAGGAACACUCGGUACUACGACUGGAGUUUCCACAAAUGCCAACAACGAGCUCUCUCUUAUCGACUUUGACCCAGAGCCUCAACCAAGUUCUAACGGUAACGAGGCCGGCCUAUCCCAGGGUGGUAGCUCCUUGGAGAAUGACCUUCUCGGCCUUUCACUAGGAGAACAAGCCCCCUCUCCCGGCGGUGGUAUCUCCCUCGGACCUUCCAACAAUUACCCAUCCAUGUCAGCAGGCUCAACACCGCCUAUCCCACAGCCUCAGCAGACGCCGGCAUCGUUCAAACCUAAUUAUGAUAUCCUCGCUUCCAUUAACAGUUCGCGACCUGUUUCUCAAUCUCCAACACCCGCCAUGCGGGCAUCACCCCAAGUCCAGUCCACGGCAACCCCGCCGCCAGCCGAUCCAUUUGCAUCGCUCGUCUCUGCCAGCCCUAGGGCGGGAUCUAGCCCAUUCCAACCGCCCCCAGCGCAAAGCCACCCAGCUCCAGCCUCCUCGUCCUUGCUUGAUCUGGUCGGAGGUCCCAGUUCGUCACCGCAGCCGGCGCGGCAGGCCGCGAAGGCCGAAGCUGAUGAUGAGUGGGAUUUCGCUUCUUCCCUGCCAGCCAGCAAUGCACUCCCCACGACAAACAAGAUCCAAGUUCUCAACUCCCAGCUUCUCGUUGACUUUGCUGCGCGCAGAGUGCCAAACCAGCCACGUCAAAUCCACGUUGUGGCCGUCUUCUCAAACCCAACCAGCCAACCCAUUGGGGAGCUCCACUUCCAGGUUGCUGUGGAGAAGUCCUACACCCUACAACUCCGCCCGCAAUCAGGCCGAGACAUUGCCCCCGGACAGCAGAACGGCGUCCAGCAAGAAAUGCUCAUGGACGGCAUCGAUGCAGGAAAGGGCAAUUCGGUGAAAAUCCGAUUCAAGGUGUCCUACAAGCUUGGUGGCGAGGCCCGCGAGGAACAGGGCAUGGUGCCACCUCUAGGCAUCUCCUAG